AUGUCGACUCCACAACAAAAUCAGGACAUUACAAAAAUUCGCGAGACGUGCCCUGUUUUCCGCGUUUUGAUCAUAGGCAGGGCCAACGCGGGGAAGACCACGAUUUUACAGAAGGUCUGUAACGUCGACCCGAAUACCGAUCCCAUCGUGCACGAUGCGCAUGGUCGCAAGGUAAGCCCUCCCACCGGCAAUGACACUGACGGAUCUCUCCAUUACUGCCAGCGCGGUCAGCACGACAUAAAGUACCAAAUCAUGUAUCCUGGCAGCCACUUCAUAUUCCAUGACUCCCGAGGUAUCGAGGCCGGCAGCGCUGACGAGCUCAGGAUUAUUCGCGACUUUCUGCGCGAGCGUGAAUCGCAGACGUUGCUUGAAAACCAACUGCAUGCAAUUUGGUAA